GAAGCGCUCCCCUUCUAGGCUCCGCCUCCUUUUCAUGCCCGUAUCCGAGCGCCGCGCAGCUUUUCUGCUCCGGCCCCCGCGGAACGUUCUCGCCUCUCUCGGAGAGGGGGGACUCUCCCCCCGCCCCCGUUUGCCCCGCUGUCUCCAGCCUUCUCAGACCCGGCCCCGUCGCCCCCCGGGCUCCCUCCCGCAGUUCCCGACUCCUCCGCCGGGUUCCGCUUUGUAGCCCCUCCUCCGCUGGGGCGCGCGGACUCGGCCCCGCUCCCCUCCCGGCGCGCCCUACCCGUCUCGGGGCGCGCAGGACUACAUUUCCCAGCGGGCCGAGCGGCCGGCGCCGAGGCUGCGGUCAGGUGACCGGGUCGCGUGGCCCGAGGAUCGUCAGUGGGUUCGCCCCGAGGAGAGCCGACCGCCCUGGGCCGCUGCUGACCUCUGGCAGAGUUGAGCCAGAAUGUCCCCGGAAUCCAAAAAGCUUUUCAACAUUAUUAUUUUAGGAAUUGCCUUUAUGUUUAUGUUCACCGCCUUUCAAACUUGUGGAAAUGUGGCGCAAACUGUCAUCAGGAGCUUAAAUAGCACAGAUUUUCACGGCAGUGGAUACACCAGCAUGGCAAUUAUUUAUGGAGUGUUCUCAGCUUCAAAUUUGAUUACCCCAUCAGUGGUUGCCAUUGUAGGACCUCAGCUCUCUAUGUUUGCAAGUGGUUUAUUUUACAGCAUGUACAUUGCCGUUUUUAUCCAGCCUUUCCCAUGGUCCUUCUACACAGCCUCUGUCUUCAUUGGGAUUGCAGCUGCUGUGCUUUGGACGGCACAAGGAAAUUGCCUGACAAUAAAUUCAGAUGAGCACACUAUUGGGAGAAACAGUGGAAUUUUCUGGGCACUCUUACAAUCUAGCUUGUUCUUUGGAAAUCUCUACAUAUAUUUUGCUUGGCAAGGGAAAACUCAAAUAUCAGAGAGUGACCGAAGGACAGUGUUUAUUGCCCUGACAGUGAUUAGCCUGGUGGGGACAGUUCUUUUCUUUCUCAUUCGGCAACCAGAGUCUGAAAAUGUCCUGGGAGAAGAUGAGUCUUCUGAUGACCAGGACCUGGAAGUCAACGAGUCUGCCCAGAACACCAUGGCAAAGGCAGUAGACGCGUUUAGAAAGUCUCUUAAGUUAUGUGUCACCAGGGAGAUGCUCCUUCUUAGUAUUACAACUGCUUAUACAGGUCUGGAAUUGACUUUCUUCUCUGGUGUCUACGGAACGUGUAUUGGUGCUGUAAAUAAAUUUGGGACAGAAGAGAAAAGCCUCAUUGGACUUUCUGGCAUUUUCAUUGGCAUUGGAGAAAUUUUAGGUGGAAGCCUCUUUGGCCUGCUGAGCAAGAAUAAUCGCUUUGGUAGAAAUCCAGUUGUGUUGUUGGGCAUCCUGGUGCAUUUUAUAGCUUUUUAUUUGAUAUUUCUCAACAUGCCUGGGGACGCCCCUAUUGCUCCUGUCGAAGGAACGGAUAGUACUGCUUACAUCAGAUCCAGCAAAGAGGUCGCUAUCUUCUGCAGUUUCCUGUUGGGUCUUGGGGACAGCUGCUUCAAUACCCAGCUGCUCAGCAUCUUAGGGUUUCUCUAUUCGGAAGACAGCGCUCCAGCCUUCGCAAUCUUCAAGUUUGUUCAGUCCAUUUGCGCAGCCGUGGCAUUCUUCUACAGUAACUACCUUCUCCUUCACUGGCAACUCCUGGUCAUGGUGAUAUUUGGGUUUUUUGGAACUAUCUCGUUCUUCUCCGUGGAGUGGGAUGCCGCUGCCAUUGUAGCCCGGGGCUCUGACUACCGAAGUAUCUGAUCCGGGGCCCCUCCGGGCGGCACAGCCGGACGACGGCCCGGCUGACGUAGCCACCUGUCGUCGCCGCCGAGUAUUGGACGGUAUUCAGUACGGAAAAUCAAGGAAUUAAGACUGCUCGAUCUGCCAGGGUUGGUAUUCAAGUUUACAGAGAUCAGCUAUUUAAAGCAAGCAGAACGAGGGGGACUCGUUCUGUUCAUUAUAAUUGUUCAAAGAUGUUGUUUUUCCAUUCAUCUGUCUCAAGUCCCUUAUAAUCAUGUUAGAGAAUGUAAAUGUUUUCUUCUCCCUCCUGUUCUCUUUGAGAGAUCCUGCCCCGAUUCAGGAUACGAGGCCAUAUGUCAUAUGAAGAUCCUUGCUGGGUAUGGAGUAUGUGCUACUAUGUAAUAAUAGGAGCGUAUGCUCACCCCACAUGUGCGUCUGGGAAUGACAUUUAAAUAAAUCGUGAGAUGCUGGCGUGGGAUCUUUGACAAGAUUUGCACUUUCUUCCUCCCUAAAUGUUUUGUUUUGGUAAGUUGUCCUACCUUGUCAUUCAUAGCAAGGACUGGCUAGUUAUUAUAAAAUGAGGUGAGAAUCGUCGAAAGUCUUAAAAAUGAAUCUAACGUGUAAAUGAACAAAAAUGCAUUGAAAACACACACACACACACAUUUACCAGAGGAGGAUCUUGGCUAGUAUUGUCCUAGAAGAUGCAAUACAAAAAAAAAAAAAAAAAAGCGACAGCAGUUCUGUGGUAGCAGGGCUCCCGUCACAGAGAGCAGACACCACAACUAACGCCGUACGGCUAUUUGGGGAGACGCUUACAUGGAAACGUUAACUUUCCUCCGUGAGAGAUUGCUUGCGGCUUCUUUCUAAUCGACAUAUGAUUCAGAAACCAUGGAAUUCACCAUUUGAAAGUGUAGUUUCGUGGGUUGUUUUUUUUUAAGUCUGUUCACAAAGUUGUACAGCUAUCACCACGAUCUAAUUCUAGAACGUUCUCAUCACCCCAAAAAGAAACCCCACGCCUUUUCGCAGUCAUUCCCCAUUGCCUGGGUUAGCACUAGCAAACCUUCCUGUGCUUUCCGUCUCUCUAGAUUUGCCUGCUUGGACAUUUCUUACGAACGGGAGAGCUCACUUUUAACUGUGAUGGUUUACAGUACAAAUGAAGUUUUACGGCAAGGUCCGUUCAGCCAAGAGGACAGAUGAUUCCUUGUUUCCUCUUGUUUUUUAAAAACCUGCUAGAAAUUUAGAGAUGUUUAUAGUUGGCAUACAAACCCGAAGAAAUUCGAUGGAGUAUGAUUUUCAGACUGCAGGGAGUCAGAAACCCUUGGAGUUAGCCAGAAUCCUUAGAGAAAUUUAAUUCAUGUGGAGCACUGUGCUCCUUUGUUCCUGGUUGUAUAAAGUUUUGGUUUUCUUUCUCCAAGUUGAGAUAAAUUCCAUUGUUCCUUGAUGCUACAUAAAUAGUUUGUAAGUGCUAUUUCAGAAUUAAUACAAAUGAUUUUGCGGUCUCCUUACGCACAUGA